UAUGGAUGCUCAUUUCCUUGAAAGUGACAGUGAUCAGGAAGAGGAAUCAAAGAAAUCGGUAACAGAGGAAGAAGAGGAACUUUCUUUAGAAAAGAAGAAGAAUCUUGAGAUCUUGAAAACUCUUCUACAUAUUGAUGUAGACCCUCCCAAACGUAGGAAGCUAGCUGCAGAAAGCCAGAAAUUCAGAGAUAUGAAUACCUUACGCUAUGACCCUACAAGGCAAGAUCAUGCAGUAUUUGAAAAAAAGCCAGCUAAUACUGAAAAAGAGAGUAAAGCUAAAAAGAAGAAGAAGAAAGAAGAAGCUCAGAAACUGCCUGAGGUGUCUAAAGAUACAUUUUACAAUGUCGCCGUGGACUUAAAAGAAGCACUUGGAUCUACAAAACAGGAUGAAAAAACAGAAAUAAUAUCAUGGGACCAGCAUGAUGAUGCUGAACAAACCCCUUCAACUGAUAUACCAAAAUUCAGUGAUGAAAGACAAGAUGGAAACGGGGGUUUUACCUUUUCCUUUUUUGGUGAUGAAGUGGCGAGAUCACCUAUUAAAGAAGAUCCGUACGUAAUUGAAAUACUAAAACCUUCACGAGUAGCCUGGCAAGAAGAUCCCCGUUUUGAAGAUAGUAGUUCCGAAGAUGAAGAAUUAGAAGCAGCUGAAGUAAAAGAUGUCAAAGAAAGUUCUCCAGCUGAACCACAUUCAAAUAUUAGAUUUUUCUUCUUCUCACAAGAUGAUGACAGAUUAAAAGAGGGCCCCAAGCUAUUCUAUAAGGCUUCAGAUCUUGAUGAAGAAGCAGAGGAUUGGGAAAGCAGGCGCCAAAUAUUGCUUGAGGAUUGUCGGAAGAAACAUAAGGAUGCAAGAAGGAAAGUUAAAACUAAACAUUAACUAUAACAGUUCUGCUAAAGAAGAAAGAUUCAGAAUGUUGAAUAUACUUGGACUGAAUCCUGGGAUAAUGGAAACCGUUGAGAAAACACAUCUACGAAUAGCUUGGAAGUAUAAAUUAGUGAUGAAGAAACAACUUUGUGAAAUCAGAAUAGAUUUGUAGUUCUGAUGUCUCUAAUGCUUACAUUUCCAUUAUACAGUAUGAACAUAUUUUUAUUAAAAUUCUAAAUUAUGAUAGGCAAUGAUCUUCACAAUUAGCAUUUAUACUUAUUGCCUGUCUUUUAUAAUCCUCAUGUCAUUUUGAAAGACAACAUUUAGGAUUUCAUAUGCACAUAGGUUCUUUGUCACAAAAAAAAGCAACAUUUGAUGGAGAUUAAUAUAAUUUGUUCUCUUAUCUAGCCAAGGUUAGGUGUAAAACAAGCAAGGAUCAAUUGUAAUGAAGUGCAAAAGUGACAAAAGGCAAGCAGUUUUUGUGUACAGAACUAUAUUUACCAAAUAUAGUCAGUUUAAAUUGUACAAAAGUAUGUUGUUAUCUAUGUUAAUAUAAGAUUAUUUUUGUACCUUGAAAGAUUGAAUCCAGGCCAUUGGGAAAGGAGGAGUUGGAAAAAUUAGAUUCUUGGAAGUUCCUUUCAUAAGCAUUUUGUAGUGAUACACAUAAUACAUGCCUGGAUGAUUUUAAUAUAAUAAAAAGUUAGAUGAUUGAAAAAUAAAACUGCAAAUUGCAUUGUUUCUAUUUGAAAAUGGUAUCCAAAGUAUAGAAUAUGUAACUGAUUGAUCACUCUUAUGGAAUACAAAUAUUUCUGAAUUUUAGUCUCUUUGUAGAAUGUUGCUUUUGGAUAGAGAAUCAUCAAGCAUUGUAGGCUUCUUUUCCUCCAACUUGUAAGAUAGAUAUAAAUUGCCAUAUUCUUGCUUUUCACUACAGUAAUGAUGAUAUGUUUAAAGACUUCACUAAAAGAGCCAUCUGAGGCACAGGAGAAGAAAUAUUGAAAGUAAAGAAUAUUUGAAGAAACUGACUUGAAGGCUAGAGACUGUGAACUGCUUAAACUGCUUAGAAAAGAAUGGGUUUUCUAUAAACUAGGAAUCCAGGAAUCAAUCUUUAAGUUUAAAACAUAGGAUUAAUAAAUGCUAUAUUUUCA